UGAUGUGUUAAUUUUGUUGUGUAAACCAGGCUGAACAUUUGGUUUGUUUUCUUUUCAGUCAGCUGGACGACUUCGAUCGACAAACGGAAUUUUAUAUUUUGCAUCCGACCAACAUGGUUUUCCUCCGGACGAUGCUGAAUUCGGCGAAACGCAUCCCGAUGAUAAAGUUCCGGAAAGGUGGCCCAGAUGCUAGUGCCGGGCAAGCGGCUGCCGCUGGAGGUGUAGCAUCUGGAUCACAAGCUCGCUUCGUAUCAUCGGGGGAAUCCAUUGAGGAGUGGCAACUGCCUGCUAGAUAUCGCAGGAAACAGCUAGAUCCGGUUGAAAUCGCGUGGAUCAACACCGGAGGACCGCCCAUGUAAAAUGGUCAACAGAAAAUAGGCGGGCUGACAGAAAAAGCUAGUCACUUCCACCACAGUCGACUUAACAGGUUUACUUCAUACUUUCGUCAUCACAUUUCGUCUUUGAGUAUCCGAGUGGCCGCAAAACAGCAAAUAACAGAAAUUAUUUGAUGAUUUUCCAACUAGAAACUUAGGUCUGCACAUACAAACGACCGGAAAAUAUCCCCAAAGGUGCUGACACAGUAAUAUUUUCCAAUAAUCUCAUCAUACUGUUUCGGUUAAAAUUUUGAACCCGAUCCAAAUCAAGAUGUUGGUCAUAUUUAAACAAUUUAAAUAGAAGUUGAUUGUCAGUAGUUUUUGACAAUUGUAUUUAUUACCUAUGGUUCAAAUAAACUCUAUGAAAUAUA